AUGACAGAAAGAGCAAAGGUGGAGGAGCUAUCAGAAGACCUAAGAAACUCUUCACCAGAACUCACCUACCAGAUCAUCAAUGCAGAUCAUUUCUUUCUGAAAGACACCAGUCAGGCCUUGAUGGCAAACUUUACCCAACAGUCACAGAAACAACCCUUCAUCAUCACUGGGCUCACUGGGAAGCCUACCAUCAAGAUCAGUUUUGGGCCUAUAUCUGUAGAACAGGCUAUCCCUCUAGAGUUGAUUAACACUGGUCCCAGGGUCAGAGCUUUCAUAAUGGCUCGUCAGGUGCGUUCUGCAUCCCCCAUUAUACAAUUGUUGUUUUAUGCGACAAACAAGAUAGAUGACAUGAUGGAUUUGCCAGGUCAAGUCAGUCCAGGGCAGAGUGACAAGGGGUACAUAUGUGUUACAGCACACGCCUUCUGGAAAUCUCAAGAGAUCAGAGGUACCUGCUCCAUUUCUGAAAAUGGAGGCUUCUGUUUAGCCCAGUUAAGGCCUGAGCCAACGUGGUUCAGCCCAAGGAGUGCCAGAUCCAUCAAGGAGCACAGAGCUUCUUCACAAGGGACUGUUGUGGAGCUUUACUAUCAGACCACGCCCAGUCCCACCAACCAGUGUAUCCCUCAAGACAGCAAGCAGUGGCAUAGUCCAACUCAGGAGGAGAUCAGUGGACAGCAAUCUGGAUCCAUCCUGAAGAAAGUUGGCUACAUAAAUCUCUUGCGGUCACCUCCAGGGAACCCUAUGUUCAUGCGCCUGCGUCUGGGUGGUGCUGUGAUCAUCCAGACCUCUUCUAAACCUCUGAAGACCACAGACACAGCCACAUUCUAUGUCUUUUUGUCCAGUACUUCCCAGGUAGAUCGUUUCAUUCUCAGAGCCACAGUACAUAGAGGUUUGUCUUUCAGUACCGCGAGACCCAGUGAUACUCAGCUAUGGGACAUCACCUUGGAUCCUGGAAAACCAGACAAGACCCAAAUUGUGUUUGUGACCUGUCAAAGGAAGAGCACCAUCACUGCAAAAAGGGGCCUGCUGGAGGUCCUGCAGCUGGACUUUGACGCACGUGAGCAGGAUGACCCGGCACAGAUCCAGACAAUCACGUGGCGUCUGGAACGGCCUGGAAAUCCGAUCAGGGAUGAAGGAACGAUGAGGAUUUACAUGCUGCAGAGAGACUAUGUGGGCAUUGCACCACUUAUUAUGAACUCGAACCUCCUCAACACGGCGGUGCUGAAUGGUAAGAUGGUGUCCGUGCCGGUGAAGGUGUUGGGAGUGGAGACAGACGGCUCCAUCAGUGACAUUACAAACUCAACUCGCUGCUCAUCCACAGACGAAGACACUCUUAAGGUGUCUGAGAGCUGCGACUAUGUGUAUGUGAAUGGGAAGGAGACAAGAGGGAGGAUGAGGAUGAUGCUGAACUUCACUUACAGCUACCUGAGCGCCCAGCUGGAGGUGAGUGUGUGGAUGCCACGCCUGCCACUGCAGAUCAACAUGGCCGACCCCAAGCUCAGCCAAAUCAAGGGAUGGAGGGUCCCCAUCUCCGGAGGCAACCAUAGACUGAGUUGGGAGAGUGAGGAGGAUAAUGAGAAGAAAGGCAGAGGCUGCAUGGUGCAGUAUCAACACAGCCAGAUCCAAGUACUCACAGCCUUCAUGGCAGAGGUGUCGGACUCAAGCGCUUCCUCUCCUGUGUACUUCCUGGGUCCUGAGUGGCUGGUGGAUGUGACUCGGCUGGUCCGCUACUCUCUGAAGGUUGUGGACACAAGCAUCGCUCAGCUGCACAGAGAAACCGUGCUCAGUGGCAGAGCUCCUGGAGUCACCACUGUCCAGGUGAUGUCCCCCCUGUCUGACUUGGUCCUGGGGGAGAGGACGGUGCAAGUGCUAGAUGAUAAAGUGAGCAUCACAGAUCUCAGUGUGCAGCUGGUGUCAGGUCUCUCGCUGUCACUGCAGCUCAGUCCGGGCAGCAACGGGGCCAUCGCAGCCAUAGCCACCACUCAGGACACCAUGCACAGCCCCAAACAGGAGGCAGUGGUUGCAUGUUGGCUGCACUUCAGUGACGGCUCACAGGCUCAUCUCAACUUGUUUGAUCCCAGCAGCUACAAGCUCAUAGUCUCCUCGCUGGAUAACAGGGUGGUGUCCAUAAGAAAAGUCCCAGGCCCUGUUAUGGUGGCCGAGUCAGAGGGAUGGGGCUUGCUGUUCAGAGCUGAGCUUGCCAUCUGUGAAGCCUGUCAGAAGUCGAAACGCAAGAGUAAGCUCGCUGUUGGUGCCGGCAACGUGAGGGUCAAAUUCCUUUCGUCUGAGCAUAAAAGGACUCAAACUGAAGCCAAAUUGACCCCCUUUCAAGGUCUACUCUGGAGGGACUCAACUACUGGCAUGCAAGAGAACACCACAAGAGAUAUCUCUACAACGUCAGCCAAGUCCGGGCUGCAAGAGGCAAUGGGAGGGGCUCUCUCCACCAUCAGGGUGAUCAACAGCAUCAAGGGUAUGAUUGCUACAAAGCCUGACACUGAAAAAUUUCUUACUACAGUCAAUCCAGCUAAAGUUUUGAUUAACAUCUCAGACUUCCCAUCCCAUCCCAAACAGGAAGUGCCUAUACAUGAGCAAGAUUUGGUGUGGACAUUUGGUAUCUUUACACAUGUUGAGGUCUGCAUCUACUUGUUACUGGGACUCUCCUGCUUGGCGAUCAUCAUCUUCUUGAUUAACUGUGGCACACAGAAUGCUAGAUUGCGUGGUAGGAAUUCGUUCAUGCAGUGCCAAGGCCCUGAUGAGCACACGCAUCACUGGGUGCGCCUGGGCAUGGCUGUGGAACAAUCCAGUGCUGUACCAAUCACCACUACAAGCAACCAGAAGCAAAAGGUGCCAAGCAUAGAAGUGGAAGGACCAAGCCCUGCUAUGGAGAACCCCACAGAAAAGACUGCAACCCUGGGGAGAAGGUGCAGCACUCUGCCUCUGAGAACAAACCCUACUUUGCUACUCAAAUCAGCCGGUCCACUGGCAAAGCCAGCACGGAAUGAACCACUUCACUCCCCGACCAGCAAGAGGAACCAGGUCCAGUUCACGACCUUCACCACUCUCGACAUCAAGCACUUAGCAGCGCUCAAGCGGAACUGGUUGGAUUUUAGCUGGACCAACCAAGGAGCAAAUCAAGCAACUAAUCAGGGAGAUCCGUUCAGUGUGAAUGGGGCAGCCAGUCAAAGUGUAGAGCGUCCUGAGACUGAAGGUCUUUCUGAAAUUCCAUGGCCAGUGGUAAAACCAGUGGUACAGGGGAAAUGA